UACUUUCGUUUCUUUUGGUUGUAAUAACAAUUUGGUUUGCGUUUUUGCUGUGCGCGUGAGAAAGUGCUCGUGGUCAAGCAUGACUUUUCAGCUCCUGCGACGAACCUUCGGAGGGCGCUUCCUGCCAAACCCUAGGGCCUUCUCCUCCGCCGCUUCCUCUCCGAUCCGCGCCACUCUCUUCCCCGGCGACGGCAUCGGCCCCGAGAUCGCUGAUUCCGUAAAAAAGAUAUUUGAAGCAGCUGAUGUCCCAAUAGAAUGGGAAGAGCACUAUGUGGGAACUGAAAUUGACCCUAGAACGCAAAGCUUUCUCACAUGGGAAAGUUUGGAAUCUGUUAGGAGAAACGGGGUUGGCUUGAAAGGGCCAAUGGCCACCCCUAUUGGAAAAGGACAUCGCUCAUUAAACCUUACACUCAGAAAAGAGCUGAAUUUGUAUGCUAAUGUUCGGCCUUGUUACAGUCUUCCUGGCUACAAAACUCGAUACGAUAAUGUCAAUCUGAUUACAAUCCGUGAAAAUACUGAAGGCGAGUACAGUGGACUUGAACAUCAGGUUGUGAGAGGUGUAGUGGAAAGUCUCAAAAUCAUUACACGCCAAGCAAGUUUAAGGGUAGCUGAGUAUGCUUUUCACUAUGCCAAGUCUCAUGGAAGAGAGAGGGUUUCAGCGAUACACAAAGCCAAUAUUAUGCAAAAGACUGAUGGUCUUUUCCUCAAGUGUUGCCGUGAGGUUGCAGAGAAAUAUCCUGAGAUAACUUAUGAGGAAGUUGUCAUUGACAAUUGCUGCAUGAUGCUUGUGAAGAAUCCUGCACUUUUUGAUGUACUAGUGAUGCCUAAUCUUUAUGGUGAUAUUAUCAGUGACCUGUGUGCUGGCUUGGUUGGGGGAUUGGGCUUAACACCAAGCUGCAACAUUGGUGAGGGAGGUAUUGCACUUGCAGAGGCAGUACAUGGUUCAGCACCUGAUAUUGCUGGAAAGAAUUUGGCAAACCCGACUGCUUUACUGCUGAGUGGUGUUACAAUGUUGCGCCAUUUGAACCUCAACGACAAAGCGGAACAGAUUCAAAACGCCAUCCUCAAAACAAUUGCAGAAGGGAAGUACCGAACUGCUGAUCUUGGUGGCAGUUCAAAGACAACUGAAUUUACAAAAGCAAUCAUCGAUCAUCUUUAAAUUUUGGUUUGGAGUCA